CUCUAACUCUUCAUUCACAAUAAUUCUUUGUCUUACAACACUUCCCAACCUUUCACAAAUUCUGCUCAUCAGGUUGUGUGAAAAUGGGAGCGGGUGGACGAACCUCUAAUCCUCCAUCACAAAGCAAAUCAGAGAAUGAUGAACAUUUGAAGCGGGUCCCACAUACAAAACCACCAUUCACUCUUGGUGAAAUAAAAAAAGCAAUUCCACCACAUUGUUUUAACCGUUCCUUAAUUCGCUCAUUUUCCUAUGUCGUUUCUGACCUCACCAUAGCCUCAAUCCUCUUCCAUAUAGCUACAAAUUACUUUCCUACCCUUCCUGAAAGCCUUUCCUUUUGGGCCUGGCCUAUUUAUUGGGCCCUCCAAGGUUCUGUCCUAACUGGUGUUUGGGUCAUUGCACAUGAAUGCGGCCACCAUGCAUUUAGUGAUUACCAAUGGGUCGAUGAUUUAGUUGGGCUUGUCCUUCACUCAUGUCUCUUGGUGCCAUACUUUUCGUGGAAAUAUAGUCACCGUCGCCACCAUUCGAACACUGGUUCUCUCGAACGUGAUGAAGUUUUUGUUCCAAAGAGAAAAUCCGCUAUUGGUUGGUACUAUAAAUACCUUGACAACCCUUUUGGAAGAUUUCUCACACUUCUUAUUACUCUCACUCUUGGUUGGCCACUUUACUUAACCUUCAACGUUUCGGGCCGACCCUACGAUAGAUUCGCUUCACACUAUGACCCAUAUGGGCCCAUUUAUUCAGACCGUGAAAGGCUUCAAAUUUAUAUCUCGGAUGCCGGGGUUAUUGCAGCUUCUUAUGGGCUUUACCGUCUUGUUUUGGCCCAAGGUUUGAAUUGGGUUGUUUGUGUUUAUGGAAUUCCACUUCUUAUUGUUAAUGGAUUUUUGGUUUUAAUCACUUAUUUGCAACACACUCACCCUGCUUUGCCACAUUAUGAUUCUAGUGAAUGGGAUUGGUUAAGAGGUGCUUUGGCUACUGUGGAUAGAGAUUAUGGAAUUCUUAAUAAAGUUUUUCAUAACAUAACCGAUACUCAUGUGGUUCAUCAUAUGUUUUCAACUAUGCCUCAUUAUCAUGCUAUGGAAGCUACUAAAGCUGUGAAACCAAUUUUGGGUGAAUAUUAUCGUUUUGAUGAGACUCCAGUUUAUAAAGCUGCGUGGAGAGAGGCUAAGGAGUGUAUUUAUGUAGAGCCAGAUGAAGGUAGUGAGGUUAAAGGGGUUUAUUGGUACAAAAAUAAGCUGUAAUAAGGUAAUUGUUGCUUAAGUGUUAAAUUGGGUUUUCAUGACCAUUUUGGAUGUCGUUUAUGUUGUCUCAUUUUGAGUCGUUGUUUAUAGUUACUUGUCUUCGGAAUAAUUGCUAUGGUUGGUUAUCCAUGGAAAAUAUUGUAAUAAAAGGACAGUGCUAUAGCUCUUUUGGUAAUAAUAAAGUUGAGGUCUUGUAGUAGUAUAACUA